AACCAGAUGUCGAUCAAGGGAGCGGUUAGGCUUGCUGAGACUGUCGUCCACCUCAGGAACUUGCAGAGUCUCGACGUCUCUGAGAACGGCAUCGGCGCUGUCGGGUGCUCGAAGAUCGUGUGGGCCCUCACGGAGCUGGAGCAUGUCGAGUUUCUCAACUUGCAGGGCAACGAUCUUCAGGCAGAAGGAGCCAAGAGAAUCGCGGGGGCUCUUCCUAAGCUAGAGUCGCUACAGGCCAUCGACCUGAGAAGCAACAGCAUCGGGCCCGAUGGCAUCGAAAAGCUGAGCGCUUGCCUGGCGCGUUGCCGAUGCCUGACAUCAUUACACCUUGGGGACAACACCCUCCUUGCCGAAGGAGCAAAGCACAUAGCGUCGAUGAUACCCAAAUGCCCCAUGCUCAAGAGCUUGAAUCUUUGCAAGAACGCCUUGCUGGACAGAGGGGUCAACCUUAUCGCUUCUGUCCUCCCUGCUGCCACUUGCUUGACCCAGCUCGACCUUUGCGGAAACGAAAUCAGCGACGCAGGA